AUGUCGCUCUUCACCGCGCAGCUCCAUCCAGGGCGGGCUCUGGGCUUUCUCGUUCUCGGAGCAUCCUUGCAUGAUGUCUUGACGCGACUGAAAGCCGAACCCCAGCGUUUUCCACAGCUCGACCUCGCCUAUUCCCGCGACCAACCCGUCCAGGAACCUGUUACCCUGACGCUUCCUGCCAACGGCAUUCGCCUACGCUUCGAUGGCCCCGAACAGCGCUUGCGCUUGAUAGAGAUUAUCGACUUUACAAAGAAUCAUGUAACCUUCAAGGAUCGUGAUCUGGUCAAGCCUGCAAACUCGCAAGGGCCGCCAUCGUCUCCCGUCCCCGGAGAAUCCAGCUCCGGCCCAACCUUCCGACACAUCUACCACAGGCUGCUCGGGCCAACCUACGGCGGAGAGUAUAUUCCACCUACACCGGACGCCCCCGACAACCUGGGUAACUACAUACUUUCUUAUCCCGGCGUCGCCUUUACCUUCCGACUCGCCGAAUCUGCAUAUUCUCCCACCAAGGACGUCGUGUCCUUGCUGUCUUCCGCUACCAGCCAAGUGGCCACAUCCAUGGCCGUGUUCAGUGGAGAUUCAUGGGCGCAAGCGCGAGAGGCACUCUGGACGGAGAUCCUGCCCAGUGUCAAGACAGUUCCCGUGCUCCCGAGGGGUAAGGACGUUGUCCCCGACGAGAUCUCUCUGGUCAAGAUUCAUGGGGGCGGCAAGCUCCAGCUGUUCCGCAAGUGGUCCAACUCGUCAAUUUGGAUCAUCCUGGGAGAGACUAGUCCUCAGGAACUGAUCGCAGAGCUUGGCCCCCCCAACGCCACAUAUCGGAAGAACGACCAGAGAAUGACAAUACACAAGCUUCGGACGGCGAGCCAUAGCCGCGCUCGGUCGAACGGUGCUGACCUGAGCCGUCCAGACGACUUGACGGAUACCGACCAGUCGUCUGCGAACACAGGCUCAGAUGACGAUAACGACGAGGCUGUCGAGGAAGACAUUGCUGGCAAUGUUUCUGGAGAAUGUUUCUACAAUUACUUUUAUUUGGGCUUUGACGUUCUGGUCUCAACGCCGUCUCCGCCGUCGCGACCGCCGCCUGCCCAAAAUGAGUCUCAGGUGCCGCCUAGCAAGCCCAUCAAGUCAGAGUCUCCUGACCGGCUGGUUGCGACCAAGUUGGUUCUUCACGGCAAUGUACCUGGCUCAUACGAGUUCAACCGACACCGUAGAUGCCGCUGGGAAGUUAGCUACCUAGAUGAUGGUUCGCCGGGUGCAUCGGCAAACUCAGAGACCAAGUUCACCGAGAUCAAAGAUAGACUGAACGAACGGUGGAGCAGCGCAUAUCCCGACGGAGACUCAAAGGCUCCCCAAAGAGGUAUGGUCCUCAAUAGGGGAUGGGGGGAUAGUCCCGGCAGCAGUUGCGAGUUUCUUGGGGGAUGGGAGGACAGCGGCGCCAAGAGACUGGAUGGUACAGACGAUUCAACCACUACUCUAUUUGGAUUCCCAGGCCUCGUGUUUGAGGUGCUGAAGAACGAUCAUGUUAAUACGGUCACAGUGUUUUAG